UAUUCCGUUUGUGUUGCAAGCGUGCGUGCGCUCGGCUUUUUUUUUGGUCUUUUAAUUAUUACUUGACGCGCUUGAAAUUCAAUUGUGGUUCGUUCAACUGACGCGCGAAGUGAUUGUAAGUGUACUUAAUAAAAAAAAUAAAUAAAACCAAAAAUUGCAGUUCGUAAACGUUGGCAAAUCGAAAAUGAAAUAAUAAAAGCGAAAAAUGCAACGAAAAUGGCAUUGAACGAAGACGAAAGAGAAGAAAAGUGAAAAGCAAUUUUUCUGCUACGCUUGAGAACCGAAACGCGACGAAACGAAGAAAACAACAAUUGUGUGUGAGACGACGACGACGGCGAAGAAGCGAAUAGAGAAAAAAAGAUCAUGCGUGCUUGACGACGACGACGACGUCGAUAAAUGCGGCCGGGGGAGGGGUGAUAACUAGUGCCAAACAAUGCAAGACAGACAACAAAACAAACAGCAACAACAACAACAACAAAAACAGUAAUAAUAAUAAUAAUAAUAUUGAGAAGCAGCAGCAACAGAUGAUGAUGAUGAUGAUGAUAAAAGAGAGCAGCAACAACACAAGCAGUAUUUGUAUUUCCACAUAAUUAUUGACAACGUGCAGAGCAAGCAAAGAGAGCGAACAAGUAAGAAGAUAUACAAGAAGUAGGAAGACAAGCAAUAAGAAGCAGCAGCCACAACUCUGUCUGGCAUUCAAAAUAUGCGCACACAUACAAACAAACAAUCAUAGCACUGCCUUGAAAGCUCAACAAGUUGAAACGAAAAAGAAGGCCAGAAGGAGACAGCAAACAGUGAAGACCUACUUUGCCAAUUUGCCAAAGCGCAACUGACAGUGAUAGAUAGCUUAGAUAGCUAAAGUACUUUGUGUGCAUUGUGUGCUUAAAGCUUUACUUACACGUCAAACACAAUGCAAAGCUUUUGUCUAUUACUGCUGAUCGCGCAGCUUGUCUGCAGUCAGGAAGCGAUAACAACGACCGAGGACACUUUAACCAUAAGCUCCACAUCCACCGCAGCCAGUGUGACCAACGGUGAUCGCCUGCAACCGCCGCCGCGUGUCACGCUGAACAAGUGUUGCCAUGGCGGGGAAUAUUUAAACAGCAGCUCGCGGAUUUGUGUGGCCGGCGCCUCCAAGGAUUGGGUGCCGCUCGUCUUUCUCAUACAGCAGCGACGCUUCUUUGAGCCCGAAGGCUCCAAGCCGCGCUUCGUGAAAUUCGUGCCCAAUGUGCAGCCCCAGUGUGACGAGCAACAUCAGCAAUUGGAGCUGUUCCACACCCGAAGCGCCAAUGUGCUCAUCUUCUCAAAUGGAACGUUAUCGGUGCGCGAACGCGACAUCCUCGUCCAGCCCGCCAACUAUUGUGUAGAUCGCUUUGUGGCGCUGGUCUGCGUAGAACGCGAUGCGCCAUUGCCCAUCCAACAGAAGGAACGUCAACCGGGUGACGAGUCUCAACAGGUGGCGCCACCACCACCGCCAACGUUGCGUCUGCGCAAAUGCUGUGGCAAGCGUGGCAUAUACAACAGCAACAUUAAAAGUUGUACGCUGCAAACAGCAGCGAGCGGCAGCAGCGAUGCAAACGGACAGCUGCAAUUGGAGCCACAGUUGCCAUGGGGCAGCUAUCAAACCAGCUACGGACUCCCGGAGUGUCAUCUGGGGAAUGGCAGUGCGUAUGCCAUUGCCGGGGAUUGGCAUGAGGCAUCAUUGAAUCGCACAACGGGCGCCCUGCAACUGCAACUCACGAAUCUGAGCGCGUUGCAAUAUUGUCUGGAGCACACGGAACGUGCCGGCGAGGUGAAGAUCAUUACGUGCAGUCAGCAUUUCGGACAGGACACCAACCAGGCUCAAUAUGCGGAUGAUGUCUCAAUACUCAGCGUGGGCAUCGUCAUAUCGAUUGUGUUUCUGGCGGCCACAUUGGUGGCCGGUUACAUGUUGCCAGCUGUGCAUCAUGCGCUCCACUGGCGCUGUCAGAUCUAUUACGUCUUCUGUCUGCUCCUCGGCAAAAUCCUGUUGAUUGUGGAGAUAAGCCGAGCCCUGGAACCGGGGACGAUGAGUUGCAUGCUGCUGGCCAUUGGCAUGCAGUUCUUCUUUUUGUCCGCCUUCUUUUGGCUAAACACCAUGUGCUUCAACAUCUGGUGGACAUUCCGGGACUUUCGUCCCAGCUCCCUGGAGCGCAAUCAGGAGACACUACGCUUGCGUUUGUACUCCGCCUAUGCCUGGGGUGUGCCGCUCUUGAUAUGCGCCAUUGCCGCCUGUGUGGAUCAGUUGCCCGAAACGGAGACGGCGCUGUUGCGCACCGGAUUCGGACAACCGUAUUGCUGGUUCGAUAAUCGUGCGGCGAUCUUCGCGUACUUCUUUGGACCGAUCGGAUUGCUGUUGUGCGCCAACAUAAUGCUCUUCAUCUCGACCACACAUCAGUUGACCUGCGGUCUGUGGAAGCGCGACGAUGUCAAGUCAACGUCGGAGAAAUCGGCAUUGGGUCGCGUCUGCCUCAAGCUGGUUGUAGUAAUGGGUGUUACAUGGAUAUGGGAUAUUAUCUCGUGGCUGGUGGGCGGGCCCAAUGAAGUGUGGCUAAUGACGGAUCUGAUCAAUGCCCUGCAGGGUGUAUUCAUCUUUAUUGUCGUGGGAUGCCAGCCGCAGGUGUGGACCGCCUGCAAGCGCAUCUGUUGUCCGCGACUCACGCACGACAUCACGAACACAACGAAUGGGGUGCAGCAUUCGAGCAGCUCGCAGGGAUUGCCCUCGAUGGCCGGAUGUGGCACCGAGUUUACGCAAAACACCUCGAUGAAUGUGACGACUUUGGCCAGUCCAGAUGAUUCUGCACCUGCAGUGCCAACAUCAUCGCCGCCAAGAACGCCAACACUGAGCAUAGCAAACACCACAACAGCAACAACAGGAGCAACAACAACAACAACAACAAAAAUACCCAUGGAAACUAUUUGCUAAGAAAACUGAGACGAGCGACAAUGCGAAAGUAAACCGAGUCCUACAUCAACAACAACAACAGCAGCAACAACAAAAACAACGACAACGGCAGAAACAACCACAACAACAAUGACAAUGAAACGGGCCGACUACAACAACAUGCGGUCACACUUGCGCAAUAGUAACCGCAACAAUAGCAGCCACCACCACCACCACAACAACAACAACAGCAGCAGCAGCAGCGGGUAAAUUUAACAUUCAAGCACGCGCAUUGAGCGAGCGAAUGAGCGAAUGGCCUGCAACUUCCAACUGCCCAGCCCAGCCCAGCUGGCCAAGCUUAUUUCUUAAUUGGACGCGUUUAUGUGGGCAGCAGACACAACUUGAUCCUGAUUGGGAGCGGCGCUCUUUUACCAAAAUACCGAUGAAUUAUCUGCUUGUAAACACAGCCCGAGUUUAUUUACAUCAGACAUGUUUCUCUCUCUUUCUCUUUCUUUCUCUGAAUGCAUGUGUGUAUGUAAUUUUGUAAGUGUGUGUUUUGUUUUCGGCGCACAGAAAAGCGAAGCGCGCGUUUAAUUAAACAAACAUUGAGCUGGUUAAUAGUUUACUUUGAUAUGCACACACACACACACACAACGAAAUGAAAACAAAAAUACACACACACAGACGUAGAGACGUUUGCAUUUACAUUUAUCAUCAAAAGUUCAACGCAACGAAACUGAUCAAGGUUAAAUGGCCUAAAACAAAAACAACAACAAUAACAACAGAAGCACAAUGAAUGAGAAAUAGAAACACAAAACGUAAACACACAUAAAAAAGAUGCCAAUAAGAAAGCGAGUUUAAUUAACCGAACACACACACACACAGAAAACACUAUAGUAAGACGCAAUAUGCCGUUAGAGUUAGUUAGUCGCUUGGCCCCAAAAAAAAAAGGUGUUACCAGAUCUGUUAAAAAACACGUAGACUCCC